GAAAGAAUUAAAGAUACGCAGUAUGCAGAGUAAAUUGGAUUCAUUGGGGAUAGAUUUUCAGCAAUGCAAGGAAGAAAAAGAGAAAGAAAUUGAGAAUUUAAAAAGAAAACUAGAAGAGAAAGAGAUUGUUUCAAAUUAUUUCAAGAGUGAAUACAGAAAUUUAGAAAGAACACCACUUCUUCCAACCAUUCUUCUAGUUCUCUCAGUUCUUUCUUACACCCGGAGCUAUAUUCAAAGGAUCACAGCAACCCUUCUCCAGGAGUGGAUUCUGUUCCUAAACUGGUUAUUGUACUGGAUGUACACUGUACCGGGCCGGGCCGGGGAGAAAGCUUGCACCUGGUUGGACCAGACUCUUUCAAUUCUCAGGUACAAGUUGAGUGGAGUAGAACACGAGGAACCUGGUGAUAAGGUUGGAAUGGAUGAUCUUCUCCAGGUUCAAGUUCUAGCAGGCGCUCAACAGAUCCAUCUGAUACAGAUGAAAACUCAUGAACAGAAGGAACAAGCUAAACCAAAGAAGAAAAAGAAGUACUUCCAUCGAUAAUUUGAAAAUAAUCAAGUUUAUUUAAACCAUUAUUAUUUAUUAAUGC